ACAAACUACCUUUUACAUUAUCCAAAAGAAUGCAACGGCCAUUGGAUUCUUGGAAUCUUGGUCAUCGUUUUUCUUAUCGAUUUCGUUUAUUGGGUUUGGAUUCGAUUUCUGUGUGUUUUCUUGGGUUUUGCAUUUGUUGCAGAAUGGGUUUGGUUAUAUGCAAUGGCGUGCAUAAUGUGGGUACGGAGGCAAUGUGGUCUGAUGGGAAUUAGGGUUUGGGGGCUUUGUAUGACUUUGCAUCUUUGCUUGUUGGUUUUUUUAAGCUUGUCUUGGAAAAUGGUUUUUGCGUAUUAUUACCUUUUGGUUUUAAUAUGUAGGUUUUGCCUUUUGUUGUUGAUGGGGAGAAGAAAUUGGCAUUGGAUGAAAUUAGGGUUGGUUCACUUUAAUCAUUAGUGGCCUAGCAGUGAAAUUUGGAAUAUUUCGUAUUUUCAUUUUUGUUUCCAUUGCUCUAAGGGAAGAUACAAGAAAGAAUAUAGUUUAAAAAACAAAAUUUCCUUCAGGCGGGAAACUAGAUGUGACUUUCAAGAUUUUUGAACCAUAGCACUUUUCUACAGAUUAGUGGCAGUUGAGCACUGCUUGAGUUGCUUGUUAUUGCAUUAAGGAAACAGAAGGCAGAUCUUACUUUAAGUUUGUUUACUGUUUUUGCUAUGAUGUUUGGGAUAGACUUGAUGCAAAUAGGCUAGCAUGUUAAAUGGUAAUCAGCUAUGAAGUCAAGGUUAAUAAUUAUAUAGUUCUAAUCAACAGAAUUGAAUAUAUGUAUUUGUAAGAGAGCUGAGAUGAAAACAUAUUUGUCAUUCGCCAGCGUUUAAUUACUUAAGAAAAAGAAUGGUUUAAGAUUUUAGUAUGCCCAUUAUAAGAAACUGACAAUUAAUAUUGUAUUUACGUGUGUGCUAUGAAUGCUAUUUGAAUUUCUAUGUGUUUUCAUGAAUAUAUGUAUGUCCAGGAAGAAAACUCCCUUCCUAUUAGUUAAACAAUCAACGGUUUCUGUAUCCAAUUUUUCCGUAAUAUCUUCCCUCCAAACCUAAGCCAGUUGUAACAAAAGAAGCGGAACUCCCGUUCUGAGACCAGGUACUGAUGAUGAUAAUCCUCCUUCUCAUCAAAACAGAGUUCCUAGAGGUAGUAGAGUCGCUGGAAUUGCAAGGUCUGCUGUAGGUUCUAUCUCACACACUAGGAUGCAUACUGACAUGGAGGCCCAAAUUCAUCACCUUGAGCAAGAAGCAUAUUGCGCUGUACUGCGUGCUUUUCAAGCUCAGUCUGACGCCAUUAGUUGGGAGAAAGAAAGUUUGUUAACAGAACUUCGGAAUGAGUUGAGAGUAUCAAACGAUUCCCACAGAGAACUUCUGACAAGGGUUAAUGAAGAUGAUAUCAUCAGAAAACUAAGAGAGUGGAGAAAGUCAGGUGGGCUUCAAGCUACGAGGCUCAGCACAUCACUUCCUGCUUAUGAUCUUCUCCCAAGUCCUACUAAUUCAGCGUCCCGCAAAAAACAGAAAACAUCCCAACUGCAGGUUCAACAAUUCCCUAGUUUAUCCUCGGUGAAGUCUAUGCGGUACCCUUCUACAGAACCUGCCAGAAAUAGGCAACUCAUUAACCGCAGUUCUUUAGGUGGCCAUGCUGUAAAUGAACAUCCUGAAGCUGCAACAUUUGAUCCAUUAAUUGGAAGGAAAGUAUGGACAAGGUGGCCUGCAGAUAACAGCUUCUACGAGGCUUUAGUAACUGAUUAUGAUGCUGCAGCGGGCCGGCAUGUUCUGGUCUAUGAUAUAGGUACAGAAAAUGAGACCUGGGAAUUGGUUGACCUUAAAGAGAUUUCUCCUGAGGAUAUCCGUUGGGAAGGUGAAGAAAUGGUUACAUCUCAUCACGGUGCACACAAUGGUCAAGGACGUGGAGUUAAGAAAUCCUUGAACCGUGGUGGUCGCAUUCCGAAUAAUGGAAGAGUGAGAGGACCUUUGAAGAGUCAAUCCAUGAAGGAUUCUCUUCCAUCACAAAAUGGUAUCUCAAAGAAAGUUUCGGAUGAUAUUGAACUACUAAACACUGAUUCAUUGGUAAAGGAGGUGGAGAUGGUUUUCAACACAAGUCAUCCAGAUCCUUUUGAGCUUGAAAAGGCAAAGAAAAUGCUGAAAGAGCACGAACAGGCACUUGUUGAUGCCAUUGCCAAGCUUGCUUAUGCUUCUGAUGGUGAAAGCGACGGUGAACAUGCUUAUACGUAUGGUCAGUCAAUGGACAGAGGAUAAGAAGAGGCAUGGUGGGUGAAACUGAAAAUGAUGCGACGUUUCCUCGAGGUUGGAUCAUCUCUCUGAAGCUGUCUUAUCAAUUUUCAGGAAAUAUUUAGAAGUACCUUGAUGUUUUGUAGGGUUUAGCUUUGGGAUUACUUUGAUUUGAAGGUUUACGAAUACCCACCUACCCACUUUGAUCAAGGAGUUGGAAUUGAAGUUGUUUAUUUAUUCAGAGUUUUUUUUUUUUUUUUCUUUUUUCCCACCACAUACCCUGUAAAGUUAGGAAUUGCAGUUAAAUGCAACAAUGUAAAGAUUUUUCAUUGAUUUAUCACUAAUCUGGUCUUUCCAUUUUGUA